ACGGCCCCGGCGGCGGCGGCGGGAGAGAUGAGCAACAACAGUAAUAAGAGAGCACCGACCACAGCAACCCAGAGACUUAAACAAGACUACCUUCGAAUUAAAAAAGACCCAGUGCCUUAUAUCUGUGCUGAGCCCCUCCCUUCCAAUAUUCUUGAAUGGCACUAUGUCGUCAGGGGACCUGAGAUGACUCCUUAUGAAGGUGGCUAUUAUCAUGGAAAACUAAUUUUCCCCCGAGAAUUUCCUUUUAAACCUCCUAGUAUUUAUAUGAUAACUCCCAAUGGAAGAUUUAAAUGUAAUACAAGGUUAUGUCUUUCAAUCACUGAUUUCCACCCUGAUACAUGGAAUCCAGCUUGGUCAGUCUCAACAAUCCUGACAGGUCUUCUCAGCUUCAUGGUGGAAAAGGGCCCCACAUUGGGCAGCAUAGAAACUUCAGACUACACAAAACGACAACUGGCUGCACAGAGUUUGUCAUUUAACUUAAAAGACAAAGUAUUUUGUGAACUGUUUCCAGAAGUGGUGGAGGAGAUAAAACAAAAACAGAAAGCACAAGAUGAACUCAGUAGCCGACCCCAGCCCCUUCCAUUGCCAGAUGUAGUCCCUGAUGGGGACACUCACCAUGGUCAGAAUGGGCUUCAGCUUCUAAACGGGCAUGUGCCGAUGGCUGGUCCCAACCACGCGGGCCUGCAGCAGGCCAACCGCAACCACGGACUCUUGGGAGGCGCACUGGCCAACCUCUUUGUCAUAGUUGGCUUUGCUGCCUUUGCCUACACAGUCAAGUAUGUUCUGAGAAGCAUAGCCCAGGAAUGAGCUGCACGCCAGGAUUCCAAGACCUUGGUCAGAGCAAAAUGAGGGAGACUCUGGGUACCAGCGUGUGACCCUGGGACAGAUGACAAACAAGCUGGGUCUGGGCCUGCUGGGCUCCUGGGGUUUAGUUUUGGAAGCCUUUACAAAACACAAACAAAGCCAGACCCCAGAGCGGGCACAGCUGGGAUCCGAGAAAUAUGUGAGAGUCUUGAAUUCCUGUCUUCUUAACCUCCCUGUGUGUCUGUGGCUGUAGAGCAACUCAGAGCGCUGUGGAUGAGAAGCAAGCGCUCGUAAUGCUCGGUUUCUUAGCACGGGCCCCUAUUCAGUUUGUUGGACCUGUUUGAAGUAAACACGUUUUUAAUUUUACGUAAUUCGGUCGUUCAAAAAAACCUGAAACUCAAUGCCUAGCCCAUGUUGUACGUAAUGUUUUUAGUUUAGGUGAAGGACUUUGACGCAAUGAGACGGAAGUGGCCAGUAGUAUCAAACUGGGGA